AUGACAGAAGUGUUAGCUCCUCUCGCUAGCGAUGUUUGUCCGUUAUCUGUAGAGUUGAUCCAAAUCCAUGGCGUGUGCGCAUGCGCCACACAAAGCGCUGGCAUUGGCUACUCACAGUCAUUUGGGGAAUGCACGGAAGCAGCAGCCAAGUUCUGGCUCGUUGUGAAACUACUACCACAAGACCCGUGGACAUGGACAGUCACGUCUAGCGAACAAGGGACCCCAGAAGAUUGUCUGCUUCAUUCCUGGGCCUGA